GAGCUACCUUGUAUUACUAUAUAUACUGCUGGGUAGCUUAAUCUAUAAUAAUACAUCAUAAUGUAUUCAUUGAUUUAUACUUUGCAUUAAAAAUCGAAAUAUGCAAAGUAACUAGUAACUAAAGCUGUGAAAUAUAUAUAUAUACUUAAGUAAAAAGUACAACAUUAGCUUCCAAAAUGUAGUGGAAAGUAUAAAGCAGUAAGUACCUCAAAAUUGUUCUUAAGUAUCGCGCUUGAGUAAGUGUACUUAGGUGCUUUCCAUCACUGUUGUUCGUGUCAGAACAACAGGGUUGAUAGUUCAUUCAUAGCCUGAUAGUGUUUGAAUUUGUUAAGCCCAUAGACUGUACAUAAAGGUAAGGGGCCUAUUGGGUUAACCACGAACCAAAGAUACCACAUAACACGCCACAUGACAAGCAAAAGGAAAAGAAAAACGUUAUAGUUUCAGGCAGUAGGCCAAUGUACUCUGGACCGUAAUGAGGCUACGCGUUGACGUCAUCGCAUUCUGGUGCACGCGAGUAUCGAGUUUUCAAUGCGGAAGUUUCCUCCUCGAUCUGACUCCGGGGCGAUCACAAGAAACGAAAACAAGCUUCAUAAAAUACUCGAUUGUCGAUUUAACAGUCUACUUGUAUGGUUACUUUCCAAAGCAGAGUUUUUAAAAAUCGUUUCCUCACGGCGGUGUUACAUUCGUUUCGAUUAUUGGACAAGUGAUCAGCCAUUAUGGCUACCAACAAUAAUUUACAGAAAGCCAUUGAUCUUGCCAGCAAGGCGGCUCAGGAGGAUAAAGCUCAGAAAUACGAGGAGGCUCUGCGUCUUUACCAGGCUGCUGUUCAGUACUUCCUCCAUGUGGUGAAAUAUGAAGCCCAGAGUGACAAAGCUAAACACAGCAUCCGGGCAAAAUGUGCUGAAUACUUGGACAGAGCAGAGAAGUUGAAGGAGUAUCUAAAGAAGAAAGAAAACGCUCCUCCCACUAAGCCUGUCAAAGAGUCGCAGUCUGAUGACAAAGGGAAUGAAAGCGAUGAUGGUGACGAUCCAGAGAAAAAGAAGUUCCAAAAUCAACUUUCAGGUGCAAUUGUUAUGGAGAAACCAAACAUCAAAUGGAGUGAUGUUGCUGGUUUAGAGGGCGCGAAGGAGGCACUGAAAGAAGCAGUUAUUCUUCCUAUCAAAUUCCCCCACCUUUUCACAGGAAAGAGAACUCCAUGGAGAGGGAUCUUGCUCUUUGGACCUCCUGGAACAGGAAAGUCCUAUCUGGCUAAAGCUGUUGCCACAGAGGCGGGCAACUCCACCUUCUUCUCCAUCUCUUCGUCUGACCUUGUCUCCAAAUGGCUGGGAGAGAGUGAAAAGCUGGUGAAGAAUCUCUUUACCCUGGCGAGGGAGCACAGGCCCUCUAUCAUCUUCAUUGAUGAGAUAGACUCCCUGUGUGGCUCAAGAAGUGAGAACGAGAGUGAGGCCGCUCGCCGUAUUAAGACAGAGUUCCUGGUUCAGAUGCAGGGUGUGGGGAAUAACAAUGAGGGAGUGCUGGUACUGGGUGCAACAAACAUCCCAUGGACCCUAGACUCAGCCAUCAGAAGAAGAUUUGAGAAGAGGAUCUACAUCCCGCUGCCCGAAGAGCACGCCCGCUCCUUCAUGUUCAAGCUCCAUCUCGGCACGACCCCCAACUGUCUCACCGACUCCGACUUUGUCGCUCUGGGCAAGAAGACGGAUGGAUACUCGGGAGCAGAUAUCAGUGUCAUUGUCAGAGACGCUCUCAUGCAGCCUGUUCGAAAGGUCCAGUCAGCCACCCACUUCAAACGGGUACGAGGUGAAUCAAGAAUUGAUGCCAACCUUAUCAUAGAUGACCUCUUGACUCCUUGCUCACCUGGCGACCCCAACGCAAUUGAAAUGUCAUGGAUGGACGUACCUGGGGAGAAGCUAUUGGAACCUAUAGUGUCCAUGUCUGACAUGUUGAGGUCUCAGGCCAGCACGAAGCCAACAGUCAAUGAACAAGAUCUGGGCAAACUGAAAAAAUUCACAGAGGACUUUGGACAGGAAGGCUAGGUGGGAGGAUUGAGCCAGCCAAACCAAAGCAAAGGAUUUGUGAUUAUCUCUCUUUACUGUCCUUGUCCCAUUUCUCUCUCUCUCUCUCUCUCUCUCUCUCUCUCUCUCUCUCUCUCUCUGUCUCAUCAUAACCAUACACCAGGCUACGUGGUUUAUCAUAAGUGGACAAGAUUACUGCGCUGGUUUGACAACCAUGCAAAGGGUGGAAGGACAUUGUUUUAUUUGAUAUUAAACAUUGUCCAAAGAACAUUAAAGACUUUCCAUCUGCAGCUGACCUGAUGAAAUACUCAAUACCACAUAAAGAACUUAGAAGGUUGGUUGACUAAGCACUAAAAACUAAAGGUAUUGAUGAGCAGAAAACCCAAGCAACUUAGGGAAACUAACGGCAGACAUACACAACAAUUAUUGCAAAUAAGGCUAUUGAAAUCAAGGUAAUUUAUUUUACAUUGGGACUAUUUCUUGUGUCCUUAUCUUCCAGUCAGAAUACACCUCACUAGACUAAUGACUGCCCCUUAUGUAUUCUUCUAUUAAGAAGGAGAAAAAAAAACAAGCAUCGUGUGAACUGUACUUUGUGAAUUGUAUAAAUCUUGGGCUGGGGGAGUGAAGCUGGGCAUGAGUUCAUUGGAUUGUUGUCUCAGGGUGGUUGGUGGAUGUUUAAGAGUUUUGAGACUGAGAUACUCAGGAUGAGAGCUGCAUUAGACCCUGUGGAAAUGUUGGAUUGUUUAUCCAGUUUCCUAACAAAGGACAUUUGUAUUUGUUUACUCUUGCCAUUGGAAUUAAACACGGCUACUAGGGUGGAGCCCCAAUGGUGCCGGACCAGCAUUACUUUAUAAUUUUUUAAGGACUCAAUAACUUUAAUUUGCUUUGUCACUCAGCUCAGAGGUUUAUUUUCAUGACCUACUGUACAUAUGUUUCAUUACUAUUCACAGGCUUUGCUGGUUAUCCUUAAUAUAAACUGCAAAAAACUUAAGCCUUAUGUUAACAUAAAGUCACGUAACUUUUGAUAAACCAAGACUGAGUUGGACACCCAUGGUUCAGGUUGAGAGACCCUCUUCUUGUAUAGUUAACAAUAUGGAGGCAUCUCCAAGCAUGAACUAUAUAGCCAUGCGCAGCAGUGUGCACCAUGUGCCUUCUAGAAAAGCUGCAAAUUUAUUUUUUAUUGGUUUAUUUCUAAAUUGUUCAUGCUGCUUAUAUAUCCAGUGCUUUGUCACUACACAUGAGAAAUGUAUAAUACUUGCAAAUUUCAUGUAAACUUAGAGUUUGUAUACAACUGUUCUCUUUUGCUCCUAAAGUUUGCAAAUUAUCUCUUUUGAGUUUUGAUGGGGAACAUUGCUUAUUUUACUGUAAAUGUCUAUACAUAUAGCCACAUAUAGCCACCUCUUGAACCCUUUAUUUGUGAAGAGGGCACUCAUGCAUACGAAUUUUUGUGUUUGUUUCAAUAAUGUAAAUAAAAGUUAUAGCGAAGUCCAGAAAA